AUGGGGGAGGAAGGAAGGAAGAAAGGAAGGAAGAGUAAAUCGCUCUUUCUUUUUCUUCUCGACCUGUCACCCUCGGCGCUUUGUUGCUCUGCGAUACCAACUUCGACUACGGACAUCGGCCUCGAAAUCGACAAAAAUCUUCGACACGGCACAUUGAACCAUUUACGGACGAAGAAAUGUUUCUUCAUGGGGCUGGUGGGAUUUUAA